AUGAUUAUCACCGGGGAUGAUGCGAAUGGGAUAACGGAGUUGAAAACGCACUUGGCUCGUGAAUUUGAGAUGAAAAAUUUGGGUUCCCUAUGGUACUUUUUAGGGAUAGAAGUAUCUUACUCUCCUCGUGGCUAUCUUCUUUCUCAAUCUAAGUACAUUGCUGACAUUCUCGAUCAGGCUCGUUUCUCUGAUGCUCGCACUGUUGAUACCCUUCUUGAGCUUAAUGCCAGGUAUUCUUCAUUUGAUGGUGUUGCCUUGUCAGAUCCCUCUCUAUAUCACACUCUGGUUGGUAGCUUAGUGUACCUUACUAUCACCAGGCCAGACAUCGCUUAUGCAGUUCACAUUGUCAGUCAGUUUGUUGCAUCUCCCACUACCGUUCAUUGGGGAGCUGUGCUUCGUAUUCUUUGA